CGCCAGUUGGAUGCUGCGGCCGCGGGCAUUCGUCCGGUUCCGUUCCACCAUGUCGACGACGCGGUCGUCCUCUGCGCCAUUGCGCGUGAUCUCGCUUCUGCCGUCGGCCACCGAGCAGCUCGCCAGCAUCCUUGCCGCGGCGACGGCACUGGGCACGCCGUCGGCGUCGCUGCCAACGCUGGUCGGGCGGUCGCACGAGUGCGACUACCCCGAGUCGUUUGCGUCCGUACCCGUGUUGACCAAGCCGCGCACGACGUUCACCACGUGCGAAGACGUGCACAACGAGGUCCUUUCAUUGCUGCAGACCGACAACUCGCUCUACGAGAUCGACACGACGACCUUGCUCUCGCUGCGCGCCGACCUCAUCCUCGUGCAAGAUGUGUGCAAGGUGUGCUCGAUCGACAAGCCGAGUGUUGCGUGCGCCGUGAGCAACGGCGACCACCCGACGCAGAUCCUUUUGGUCAACAGCCGGACGCUACCCAAUGCGCUCGACGACUCGGUGCGGCUUCUCGGCGACGCACUCCAGCUCCAAGAGGCUGCAAAUGACGUCGUGGCCGCCAACCACGCCCGACAAGCCGCGCUCGCGGCCGCUGCCACCCAUCGCGCGACUCCACCGAUCGUCUACAUUGUCGAGUGGCUCUCGCCGCUCUUUGUCGUCAAAGGCUGGGCCGCCGAGAUGGUCGAGCUCGCAGGGGGUGCAGUCCCGACCCAAAGCGGCAAGAUCCUCGAUCCGUCGUCGCUCGAACCUGCAGAUAUCAUUGUUGUCGCGCUCUGCGGCCUCGACCGCGACGUGGCCAAGCGCGAGCUCGGUUCCAAGCCGCUGCCUGCGUGGUGGACAUCGUCGCCGGCCGUGGCUGCCAACAACGUCUUUGUCGUCGACGGCAACCAAAUGUUUAACCGCCCAACCAACCGGCUGUUGGACGCGCUCGAGUGGCUCGUGCAUUUGAUACAUGCGCCAGCGAGCAUCGAAGCGGUGGCCGCGAUCUCGGCGUUUCCAUUCGAACGCUAUGCGUCGCCGUCACCACCGAUGGUCUUGUCGGUCCAAGACAAGAUUGAUGUCGCCCACCAAGCCGCGUGCGACGCGCACGAAGCACGCUACGAGGACCCGGCGACGGGGUAUGGCGUCUUUACAGCGUGGUACCUCGGGGAGCGCCAAGCGUGCUGCGGCAACCGGUGCCGCCACUGCCCGUACGGCCACGUCAACGUCCCGAUCGAGAACCUCGGCGACGCGAGCAACAAACUCGCAUCGUCCGUCUUUUUAAAAGCACCGAAACCGAUGGGCGGCAGCCGACUCGGCUACAAGAAACCAUCGCGAGGUGUGGCCACCGAGACCAUUGUGGUGUUCUGGAGCGGCGGCAAAGAUUCUCUUCUCGCGCUCGUCGACACGAUCGCGACGCGCGAGCCGCAUCAAGACGUUGUGCUGCUCUCGACGUACAACCCGGACGACAACAUUUUGCCGAUUCAAAACAUUGCGCCCCGGACGAUCGUCGAGCAAGCGAAAGCGCUCAACCUCCCGCUAUUCCUUGUGGCGACGCCGACGGGCAGCAACUACACCAAAUGCGUCAAAGAUGCGCUUCGCGAACUCACGACCAAGCACGUAGCGUCGCCGGGUCGCAUUGGCUGCCUUGUGUUUGGCGACUUGCACUUGGCGGACGUCAAGGCGUGGCGCGACGCGACCUUUGCCGAGUAUACGCUACGCAGCCCGCUCUGGGCGCGCGACAUGGCGACCGACCUGAUCCCAGCGUUGGACGACGCGUGCGCCACGCUGCGCGCGACCGUGCGCUACUCGGCCGUCGACAACGAUCGCGUCCACGGUCUCCUCUCCAUGGGCGACGAAUACGUCCCGUCCAAAGUGCCGGCGCACAUAGAUCUCAUGGGCGAGAAUGGCGAGUUCCACACCGUCGUGGUCUUUGCGCCGUAGCUCGCAUACCUUUGCAAUAAGAUGCAAUAAGAUGCAAUACAAUAUGGCGUGGUAACACUGAGGCACGG